ACCUCGCCCCCUGCAAUGACGUCUAAGUCACCUUAUCCCCUGGUUGGCCAGUCCACCCCGUUGGGUCCCGCCCAUUCUGAUUCCGUCACGCACCCUCCUCAGCGACGGGGGUUGGUUGAGAGUCCGUACGGCGGAGAGGGAACAACAGAGCUGACAGCAGCGCGCGACUCCAGUCACGUCAAGGGGAAGAUGGAGCAGCACACAGGCGCCGCGGAGUUCAACAUCUUGUUAGCUACUGACUCCUACAAGGUCACACAUUACAAACAGUAUCCACCCAACACCAGCAAGGUGUACUCUUACUUUGAGUGCCGCGAAAAGAAGACAGACCCUACCAAGCUCAGAAAAGUCAAAUAUGACAAAACAGUCUUCUAUGGGCUUCAGUACAUUCUCCAAAGAUAUUUAAAAGGACAGGUCGUCACACCAGAGAAGAUUCAGGAAGCAAAAGAGGUGUACCGGGAACACUUUCAGGAUGAUGUAUUCAAUGAAAAAGGAUGGAAUUACAUUUUGGAGAAAUACAACGGUCACCUGCCCAUCGAGAUCAAGGCUGUGCCGGAGGGAAGCGUUAUCCCACGUGGGAAUGUGCUGUUCACCGUAGAAAGCACAGAUCCGGAGUGCUACUGGCUCACUAACUGGGUAGAGACUAUCCUGGUUCAGAGCUGGUAUCCUAUCACCGUCGCAACGAACUCACGAGAACAGAAGAAGAUUCUGGCCAAAUAUCUCAUGGAAACAUCAGGAAGCCUGGAAGGACUGGAAUAUAAACUGCAUGACUUUGGCUACAGAGGGGUUUCAUCUCAAGAGACGGCUGGUAUCGGCGCAUCUGCACACUUGGUAAACUUCAAAGGAACAGACACCGUGGCCGGGAUCGGUGUUAUCAAGAAGUACUACGGCACCAAAGACCCGGUUCCUGGCUUCUCAGUUCCAGCUGCAGAACACAGCACAAUCACUGCCUGGGGAAAGGACCAUGAGAAGGAUGCUUUUGAACACAUCAUCAAGCAGUUUCCUUCUGUCCCUGUGUCAAUCGUCAGUGACAGCUACGACAUCUACAACGCCUGCGAGAAGAUCUGGGGGGAGGACCUGAGGAGUCUGAUCGAGAUGAGGAGCGCAGACGCCCCGCUGGUGGUCCGACCGGAUUCAGGAAACCCUCUAGACACAGUGCUAAAGGUCCUAGAAAUUUUAGGAAGGAAAUUUCCUCUGGUUGAGAACUCUAAAGGCUAUAAGGUGCUUCCACCCUACAUCCGAGUCAUUCAGGGUGACGGUGUGGACAUCAAUACUUUACAGGAGAUUGUGGAGGGCAUGAAAGAGCACAGAUGGAGCAUCGAGAACAUUGCGUUUGGCUCAGGAGGAGCACUGCUGCAGAAACUGACCCGAGAUCUGCUCAACUGCUCUUUUAAGUGCAGUUAUGUGGUGACGAACGGACUGGGCGUCAAUGUCUUCAAAGACCCUGUUGCAGACCCCAACAAAAGGUCAAAGAAAGGUCGGCUUUCUCUUCACAGGACACCAAGUGGAGAUUUUGUUACUCUGGAAGAGGGGAAGGGUGAUUUGGAGGAGUAUGGAGAGGAUUUGCUGCACACUGUGUUCAGGAAUGGGAAGAUUGUAAAGACGUACACCUUUGAUGACGUCAGAGACAAUGCCAAACUGAAGGAAAGCGAAUUGGAGGAUCUGCUGCUCUGAGAGCAUCUCCCAUCAGCCCUCACUCCACCCACACCCACCCGAGAGAACCUGCGUCCCAACAGACGUGAGGAUACACAGUUACCCCACGUUCAGUGUACAGAGCUGUCCUAUGUUUCUGUCUACUGACUCUGCUACGCUUCAGUGUCUCUUUCUAACGGCGGAUGAGAGCAGUUCAUGCUAUUCAUGCUAUUUAAAUCAUUUAACUGUGUAUUUGACCAAGCGUGCUAUUGAUCACACGUCUUUGCAGGAAUGGAGACGUUUAUGUGUGCAUAUACCGCGAGAUGAUUUCGCUUUGCUUGACUGUAGGACUGAAAGGUAAUCGUUCCGUGUUUGUUGAAUGUGAAUGUUGUGUGUAGGGUUUAUCACUUUAUCCAAGGAUUGAUCUAUUCCUUUAUGCAAAGGAGAUGGCUGAACUAGAGGGAUACUUUCAUUCUCUUUCGUUGGCCUUGUUUAUUUGAUGUCAUUUCUGGUUUUAUUUGAAAGAUGAAACCUAAAAGAGCAUGUUUAGGUCGCAUUUCACCCUAAAAUCAAGAAGAAAAAAUUAGAAACUUAAUUUUGCAUAAAGAAAUGAGCAUUUUUGCAUUAUUUCCAUGACAUUUUAAGCAUAUUUUACCACCAGUUCCCAUUACUGUACUGUGUCCAGAUGUUUUAAUUUGAUUUUUACAGUAAUUCUUGACAUUCUCAAUGUUGUUACUGUAAUGCAGUAUUUUUUUUUUUAAUUUCAAUAAAAUUAUUAUUAUUUUUUUAAUUAGCAUAAAUUAAAGCACACAUACUGUAUACAUUCUGUAUGUUUAUUUACAUAUAUAUAUUCCUCCUUUAUGCAAAAUAUAAUAUCUUAUUUCUUUCUUUUGAUUUUUGGGGUGAAAUAUGAUCUGGACUUCUUGACAGAAUUCAUUCAAAUAUAAUACACCCUUUCCGUUUUGCAGCGUACAUUAUCCUGAUUUUGCCAACAUGUUAAAUGCUACAUCAAGAUAUACAAUAUAAACCUGACAUAUUUAAGUCAAAAAAAAAAAAAAAGUCUUUUUUUAAAUAUUACUCACUACAGCUCUUUAUUUGAAAGCACCAGUUUUAUUAUACAGGGGGAAUCAUUUUAGGAAAGCUCGGUUUUACUAUUUUCUAUACUUACUGUUUCAAACUCCUGUCCAGAAUCAUUAUUUUUUAUGACAGACAUAAAUACCGCCAGAGUUACCAUAGUAAAUAUCCAUAAUUCAAAUAAUGUGGCCAAACUGCCUCCUCUCUUGUAUAUAUCGGCGUGUGUAUUUGUUUUGAGAGAGCUGGCUUCUUAUUAGUGCAAACAGAGAUCUGUUCUUAUUUUUGUCUAAUGCCCAUUUUGUACCAACAGAAAAUUCACGUAUCUGUUACGUUCUGUAGAAAGACUGAUGUCGCUCAGUCAGUCUCUGGCACAUGUGUUGAUAUGCAUAUGUGUGUGUGGUGCGAGUGUGUGUGUACAUACUUGUUUAAUUGACAAUACUUGCUAAUUAUAAUUUCAUUGAUGUUUUUAUGUAUAUGUUGGGUCUCCCUUUUUAUUUCAACCUCUUGGGAUAUUUUAAAACUAACAUGACCGAUGCCGUUUUGACAACAUAUUAAAACAACAACGACAACAGUCCAUCCAUUUUGCUGAAAUGUUGUUAUUAUUAUUAUUUCUUUUGAUUUUUUAUGGAAUAGUGAAAAAGAUGAAACCAUUCCCUUUUAUAGCUGCUGUAAGGACAGUAAACUGUUCCUCAAUGCACUAGCCUUCAAUCUAGUUAUGAAAUCACUUCAUUUUGAUGACGAGUUUAAAACUGUGUUAAGGAAAAUUAGUGUGAAAGUUUAAAUAAAAAGCAAUAUCAUACCAA